GCAGUAUGGUUUAACAUUUUCAAAGAAGAAGGUGUACUUUUUGCAGAAAAAGUAUCAAAAAUAAGGAUUAAUAUUUUCAAAAAUGAAGUUCAUCAUUUUUGUUUUAUUUCUAAGUUCAACAGUCAAUUCUCAAUUUUCUUAUGUCGAUUAUGGUAACGAUGGAUUAUCAAACCAUAGAUCUAAUCCUCGUGGUAGAACUGAUAUUUCAUUAAGUAAUAAUGUUGGAUAUUCAAAAACCUCGAAUGGAGGAAGUGCAGCAGUUAACAGCAUUAUUAUAUCAGGAAAUUCAGAUGAUCAAAAUAAGCCUCGCAAUGAUGUUAAUAGUGUUCGUAUUAAUGGACAAAAUGGAGCGUCAAAUGGACCAUUAAACAUAGUUUUAAGCAAUAAUCAUGGAGUUGCAGAAGAUAUACGAAGUGGAUCUUUCGGUUCUUCAUUUCCUAAUUUUAACUCAUAUCCACAAAAUAAUUUCCAUACGAAUACAAGACCUCAAUAUUAUCCAGUAAAUCCACAAACAGCUCCUGUUUAUAUACGUCCAUCUAUUCAAUAUCCAGAUAUCAAAAAUUCUUUAAACAAUCAAAAUUCUGACUUUAAAGGAAUCACAAAUCAAUAUGGAGGACUAUCAAAUCCUUAUGCAUUUUUAUUUGGAAGAUGAAAAUUAUCACAAGCAUGUGGACAGAAUGAAAAAAAUGAUUGACGAUUCUCAAAAAUUAUAUUAUUUGAUGUGUCAAUAAAUUUUGCAAAAUAAAUAAAUUUAUUAAAAUUUAAAUUUUUUUUUCAUUAUUCUCAGCAAAAACUUGGAGAAAUCUAAGAAAACUGAAUAA